CCCCGCGUGAGCUUUCGGGAUCCAGCCCUUGCCCCGGCGCCGGAGUAUCUUCGCGGCGGCGGAUCCCGCUUCCCGCGUCGCCGUCGACUCGCCGCCGCGGCGGAACCCUGGCGCUCCGGGCGCGAUGGCGCGGCGCUGGUGCCUGCUCUGCCUCUGGAUCCCGCUGGCGCUGGCUGUGGAAGUGAACCUCAUGAACACCAAGCUGGAGACGGCGGACCUGAAGUGGACCACGCACCCGCCUGGGGACGGCCAGCAGUGGGAAGAGAUCAGCGGGCUGGAUGAGGAGCAGAACAGCGUGCGCACCUUCGAGGUGUGCGGCGUCCACGAGCCCAACCAGAACAACUGGCUGCGGACCACCUUCGUGCCGCGGGCGGGCGCCACGCACACCUACGCCGAGCUGCGCUUCACCGUGCUGGAGUGCUUCUCCAUCCCGCGCGUGACCCGCUCCUGCAAGGAGACCUUCAACGUCUUCUUCUACGAGGCCGACGGCGACGUGGCCACCGCCACCUUCCCCUCCUGGAUGGAGAACCCCUACGUCAAGGUGGACACGGUGGCGGCCGAGCACCUCACCCGCAAGCGGGCCGGCAUGGAGGCCUCGGGCAAGGUCAACGUGAAGACCCUCAAGGUCGGGCCGCUCUCCAAGGCCGGCUUCUACCUGGCCUUCCAGGACCAGGGCGCCUGCAUGGCGCUGCUCUCCGUGCGCCUCUUCUACAAGAAGUGCCCCGCCGUGACCGUCAACUUCACCGCCUUCCAGGAGACGGUGCCCAGGGAGCUGGUCAUGCCGGUGGCCGGGCGGUGCGUGGCCAACGCCGCCAAGGUCAGCUCCCGGCCCCUCAGCAUGUACUGCCGCGAGGACGGGCAGUGGGCCGAGCAGACGGUCACCGACUGCACCUGCGCCCCCGGCCACGAGCCCUCCGAGGAGAACACCAAGUGCCGAGCCUGCGCGCCCGGGACGUUCAAGCCGGCGCAGGGCGAGGGCUCCUGCCAGCCGUGCCCCUCCUUCAGCAACUCCCACGUCCCGGGGUCGCGCGAGUGCCUGUGCCGCCUGGGCUACUACCGGACGGAGGAGGACCCCCCCGCGAAGCAGUGCACCACCACGCCGUCGGCGCCUCGCAGCAUCGUGGCCAAGAUCAACGGCUCGGUGGCCGUCCUGGAGUGGAGCGGGCCCCUGGAGAACGGGGGGCGCGAGGACGUGGCCUACCACGUCGUCUGCCACGAGUGCCCGGAGGGGCAGAGCUGCCAGCCCUGCUCCCGCCUGGCGUACGCCCCCCGCGCCCGGGGGCUCGUGGAGCGCACCGUCACCGUGGAGGGGCUGCGGCCGUACGUCACGUACUCCUUCCAGAUCCAGGCCGUCAACGGCGUCUCGGACCUGAGCCACAACCCGCCCCAGUCGGAGUCCAUCAACAUCACCACCAACAAAGACGUCCCCCAGCCUGUGUCCGAGGUCCAUCCGGCAUCUGUGAGCCCCAACGGGGUGACUCUGACCUGGCCUCCCAUCCAGCCCCCCACGGGGAGCAUCCUGGAUUACGAGGUCAAGUAUUACGAGAAGGGUGUCGGGGGGCCCAUGUUCGUGAAGACCUCCGAGAACCACGUGUCCCUGACCGGGCUGCGCCGAGGGGCCGUGUACGUCGUGCAGGUCCGUGCCCGUUCCGAGGCCGGCUACGGCGGCUUCGGGCCCGAGCGGGCCUUCCAGACCCAGGGGGCCGAGUCGGGAAGCAGUACGGAGAAGCUGGCGCUCAUCGUGGGCACGGCGGCUCUGGGGGCGCUGGUGGUCCUGGCCGUGGUCAUCGUGGCGAUCGUCUGCCUCCGGCGCCAAGGGUCCUCGCGGUCCCGGGAACCGGAAUACUCGGACAAGCCCGGCCAGUACCUGAUCGGGCACGGCACCAAGGUGUACAUCGACCCCUUCACCUACGAGGACCCGAACGAGGCCGUGCGGGAGUUCGCCAAGGAGAUCGACGUCUCGUACGUCAAGAUCGAGGAGGUGAUCGGGGCAGGUGAGUUCGGAGAGGUGUGCCGUGGGCUCCUCAAGGUGCCGGGCAAGAAGGAGAUCUACGUGGCCAUCAAGACGCUGAAGGGGGGCUACACGGAGAAGCAGCGCCGCGAGUUCCUCAGCGAGGCCAGCAUCAUGGGCCAGUUCGAGCACCCCAACAUCAUCCGCCUGGACGGCGUCAUCACCAGCAGCAUCCCUGUCAUGAUCAUCACGGAGUUCAUGGAGAACGGGGCCCUCGACUCCUUCCUGCGGCUGAACGACGGCCAGUUCACGCCCAUCCAGCUGGUGGGCAUGCUGCGUGGGAUCGCCUCGGGCAUGCGCUACCUCUCCGACAUGAGUUACGUGCACCGGGACCUGGCCGCCCGGAACAUCCUGGUGAACAGCAACCUGGUCUGCAAAGUUUCGGAUUUCGGGCUGUCUCGUUUCCUGGAGGAGAACUCGUCCGACCCCACCUACACCAGCUCCCUGGGCGGGAAGAUCCCGAUCCGGUGGACGGCCCCAGAAGCCAUCGCCUUCCGCAAGUUCACCUCCGCCAGCGACGUCUGGAGUUAUGGCAUCGUGAUGUGGGAAGUCAUGUCCUUUGGGGAGCGGCCGUACUGGGACAUGUCCAAUCAGGACGUGAUCAACGCCAUCGAGCAGGACUACCGGCUGCCGCCCCCGACGGACUGCCCGGCCUCGCUGCACCAGCUGAUGCUGGACUGCUGGCAGAAGGACCGCAACGCCCGGCCACGCUUCACACAGGUCGUCAGCUCCCUGGACAAGCUGAUCCGGAACCCGGCCAGCCUCAAGAUCGUCUCGCGGGGGAACGCGGGGCCAUCCCACGCGCUCCUGGACCAGCGGCUGCCCCACUAUUCCUCCUUCGGCUCCGUGGGCGACUGGCUGCGCGCCCUCAAGAUGGGCCGCUACGAGGACAGCUUCGCCAGCGCCGGCUUCACCUCCUUCGAGCUGGUCAGCCAGCUCUCGAGCGAGGACCUGCUCCGCAUCGGGGUGACCCUGGCCGGGCACCAGAAGAAGAUUAUGUCCAGCGUGCAGAACAUGCGAGCCCAGGGCAAGGGGGCCUCCUCGGCGGGGCCCAAGGGGGGCCACUACUGACCCACGGAGCGGCGAUGACGUCAAGCCGACCCUCCCGGGGCCUCCGACAGCUGGGGCCGCCCGGGGACCUGGCCGCUUGGCCUGGGAGACCGGCCCCCUCCUCCCCGGCCUCCCCUCUCGCUCGCGGGAAUCAGCUCCUCGCUCCCUCCUCCGGGUAUCUUCUUUCUGGAAGGGCUGCCAAGGUAUUUUAGCUCUUAGACUGACUGGUUCAGCGAAGAUGGUGGAUGUGGGGGUGUCCCAGCCCCCCGGCGAGGGGUCGGCUGCCCCGGCCGGCCAGGAGGCUGCCGGCGUCUCCCACCCCGGCUCUGUCGCUUGGGUCCUGCAUUCCUGAGCCACCGAAGCUUCCGGGGCGUCUGUGCUUCCACGCAGCCACCCGGACCCUCAGGACCGUGGAAAUGCCAAAGGUGGCCUCAGGCCAGCCAAUUCCCGGGCAGCCGUUCUGCCUCUUUGGGAACAGCCGCUUGGCUGGUGGGAGAUGCCUGGUGGCGGCAGCGAUCCCGCACGGCCCACCGGGCGGAAAUGCGAAGCGGAGAACGAAGUUCCUCUGUGGCUCCCGAGAACCGCCUGGCUCGAGACGGCCGCCCCCGGGACUGCCGUCGCGCCGAUCCUGCGAGGGCCCGCGGGUUCGCUGUGCCGCUCUGCCGCCUGCGGUUUGGCCGUUGCCCCGGCAGCGCGGAGCCGGGCGGAGGGCGUGCGGGCAACCGCCAGAGGCCUCACGAAACGUGCCGCGCCCCGUUCCGACGCAGCGGGAGGACGGCCGCCCCAGUCCAGCGAGUUCUGGAAACAGCGCGCCGUGCUUGAAGACCGCCGGCCUGCUUCGCACGGAGAGGGUGGGACGCGGGUUUCCGAGCAAAGCCCCGAGCCGUCCCUGGCCGAAAAGCCAAAGAAGGACGGGGUGCUGGGCAGCGCCGACUGCACAGGACGGGCUUUUCGGGGCGUCCCGUCCAUGGCACAUGCUGCGCGAAGUCAUCGGAGCAGAAGGGCCCGCAGCCCUCCGCCGGGGACUCGUUCGACAAUCAGACAACUCUGCACUUUCUGGUGGGACAGUGUGAGGCUGCCCCGGGGAUGCAAGGCGGGACGUGGACGGGGGGUCCCGCGCUGGCCCACAAGAGCGGGCGGGCGGGCACGGGGCAUCCGGGCACCGGACGGUGGUGUCGCAAUGGCGAGACGCCCCCGUGGGCCCUGCAGGCGGUGGGGGGAGCCGGCGGAGGGCGCCCCGUUUCCCGAACGACGUGCCUCUGGACGAAGCGUGGGUGCCGAUCGCCGAUGUCGUGGGGACAGCCUGCGACGUCACAUCGAGCGCCGAUUCUUUUGUACCAAGUCUUAACCUUCAUAUUGAAGGUGGUGAUGUUGCUUUUUAUUAAAAAUGUACCUUAUAAACCA